CCAGAGGUAAACGCUGCCGGGAGAUGCUGCCGUCAUAAACAGGCAGAUGAAAAUUCAGAAUAACCUCACUGAAACGGCCCUGACAGGGACAGCAUUCAUCUUUACCUAGAAUGGAUGUUGAAGACUGCAAUGGCCGGUCUUACAUAUCAGGCAGUGGAGAUUCUUCAAUGGAAAGAGAGUUUUCUGGGGCCCAUGGAGGUCCAACAGUGAGCACCCCAAACAGCAAGGAGACCUCUCCUAGUCGCUCCCUCAGUGCCAACUCCAUUAAAGUGGAGCUGUACAGUGAUGAAGACCUAGGUCGCAGUACUGAAGAUGAAAGAGGGGAGCGGGUAGAGGAAGGAGGUCCAGAGCAGGGAUCUGAGGCUGUUGGGGGCUACAGGGAACCCACCAAUCCUGACAUGCCAGCUGGAGCCACUAGAAUGCCAAAUGGAAAGCUCAAAUGUGAGAUCUGUGGAAUGAUCUGCAUUGGGCCUAAUGUCCUCAUGGUGCACAAACGCAGCCAUACAGGUGAGCGACCAUUCCAGUGUAAUCAGUGUGGCGCCUCCUUCACUCAAAAGGGUAACCUGCUCCGCCACAUCAAGCUACACUCAGGGGAGAAGCCUUUUAAAUGUCCCUUCUGCAGCUAUGCCUGCCGGAGACGAGAUGCGCUCACUGGCCACCUUCGCACUCAUGCAGUCUCCUCUCCAACUGUAGGGAAGCCGUAUAAGUGUAGUUACUGUGGCCGUAGUUACAAGCAGCAGAGCACCCUGGAAGAGCACCGUGAGCGCUGCCACUGCUACUUACAGAGUCUGGAGUCACAACAGCUAUCCGGUGCACAGAAUGCAGGAGAGGAGAUGAGAGAGCUAGAGUUUAUACCAGACUCUCUGCUGCAACCCUCCUCAGACAAGAUGGCAUUUAUCGAUCGGCUCGCCCACAGCAUCACCAAACGCAAGAGAUCCACACCACAAAAAUUUGUAGGACAGAAGCACAUACGCCUCAACCUUGCAGAUGCACCUUAUGAGCUCAGUGCUGGUUUGGAUAAAGACAGGGAGAUGCACGCAGGGGACCUUGAAACCCCACACUUUACUGGUCUGGGAGGAGGAGAAUAUGCCGGUGUAGCAGGUAAUGGAGGAGGAGGGGUGUCAGACUCACUGAGGCCUCUACACCUUCCCACCACUCACCCUUCAUGCUUAUCAGAACUGAGGCCCAUCCACAGCUCCGUUCACAACCCUGUCUCUCUAGGCCAGAGGUUGGAUUGUACAGGGACUGGAGCUGGGCUAGGAGCUGCGGGUGUAGGGGGGAGGGAGGCAGCAGAGGGUCAUGAGGACCUGCCUGCAGGUCGAAGUCAUGCACCCUCACCUAGCAAUGGUUGCCAGGACUCCACAGACACCGAGAGCAUGCCGGAUGAGCCGUGCAACAGUACUGCACCGACUCCGACCCUGCACAGUAACAACGGCCAUCAUCUUCUGCACUCAAACAACCAUCACCCGGCGCCUCCUCCCAUUGCACACCACAGGAGUCGGGACAGACACAGUCCCAGCCACGCCAAAGACAGGGAGGUGGAAAGAGAGGAUGGAGGCCACUCAGCCCUCCCACCUCCUGCCCUCGCACCAACCCCCAGCUCACCCACUGCCCCCUCCUCCACAUCUAGGGAGGCUUUUCGGGUUGUAGACGGGGAGGGGCGAGCUGUGCGCUCUUUCCGUUGCGAGCACUGCCGUGUGCUUUUCCUGGACCAUGUCAUGUUUACCAUCCACAUGGGCUGCCACGGUUUUCGCCAGCCUUUUGAGUGUAACAUCUGUGGCCACCGUAGCCAGGACCGCUAUGAAUUUUCUUCACACAUCGUCCGUGGGGAGCACAUCCUUGACUGAGGAUAGAGGGUGGACAACCUGCUUCACCUAGAGCUAUUUUUACUCAGAGACAAGGACCUGGCUGGGUUUGGUCUGCACACGAGCUAAAGAAGACACUGAUGACAUGAAACUGAUUUGAAUAUUUCAAACAGGCACUGGUACAGUUAACUAACGUACCAGCAUGAAAGGCAAGCUCGUAUGUGUGUUUCUGAAAUUAUAAUAGUUAUCCUAAUUAUUUUUAAUGCACUUUCAAAAUGGAUCCAUUUAAAAUGCACUUGUGAUUAAAUGUAUUCUAAAGUAGAUGAAGAGCCAAUGCACUUUUUCAUCCACAGAUGUGCCUUGCUCCGAAAUUCAGGAUUCAAACCUGAUGCACAAAUUGUGGCAGACAGACAUCUGACUUUUGUCCUUAACAUGAAAACUUUUCCGUCUUGUGCACUUUAACAGAGAGAACAUAAAAAAAAAGCUUAAUGUGAAGUUUAUAAGCUCACCAACAGUGGAAUCUGAAGCGGUUUUAAUGCCUUGUGCUCAAAGCACUUAUUUCAUUCAAAGAUUUUUUCAUCGUGGGGUUGAUUCUGUACAGUAGAUUGCCUUUAAGAAUUAGAAGUGAAGUGCAGACCAAACUCAGAAACCAUGUCCAUGUUGAAUAGAUGUAUUUGAGGGGUUGUCCAUGAACUGGAACUGCACUUUUGUUUUAAAUGGGGGUGAGGUGGCAAGGUCAGGGUGUGUGUGUGUGUGCAAUUGUGUGUGUGAGCGGGAGAGUGUGAGUGUGAGAGCAUGAGACACCCUGUGUUUUUUCGAAGUAAAUAGAAAAGGUGGAAAAUGAAGGCCUUUGUGUGUAUGAAAUGUUUUAUUUUUCUUUCCUAUGACUGCUUUUGUUGCACUGAUACCUGCCAGAAUACUAUGAUUAUAUUAAACUGUUUUAUGGAAUACAUUAAUGACCUGCACAUUUCUGUCAAAAUGUGAGAAAAACUGUUGGAAUGUUUUUCUCACGAGGAAAAGAGUACGAGUAUCACUGCCACAAUCUUAGAGAUUACUGAAGAGGUUAGGGUCUUUAACAUUUUCCCUUUCGUAACUACAUUAAACUGCAAACCAACACUAAUCUAUUUAUGUUAUAUUUAAAAAUCAUUUUGAUGUUAUAUAUCAUUGUAUUGUGCCUUUCUUCACCCUGAUCACACCUUGUUGACCAGACUGAAGGACAUGAGAUCAGCUGUCAUACUUAUUUGAAACUGAUCAUUAUGGGUGAUUUUAGAGAUCAUGAGUUACAGAAUCAUUUACACACUCAAGUUGCUUUCCAGACACUAUAAAGUCUCCGGCUUAGAGCUUUGCACAGUUUUACUUUCAUCAAUUUGUUGGCAAAGAACCAAUUCUGCUAACGUAUCAAAGACUAAAUGUGCAUGGCACUUGGCACAUGCUGCUAUGACAGGAAUGUGUGGAGUGGCAGGUGGCUACCAUCCUCACAGGUUAAAUCCAAAAAAGGUGUUUUAUUUGAAUUUUCUUUGAACACAUUUCAGUCCAUAGUCACCAGUCAAUGGUGUGACAGCAGAGUGAAAGAGGUGUUUAUUUGAAAAUCAGUUGUCAAUAGUCAUCUGUUACAAAUUCUCUUGUGUCAGUGAUAUGGUGCAGAAAUGAAAUGUAUGUGUCAGUUAAAAACACUGUCAGCCCUUGAUUCUGUCUGUUUACAUGUUAAAACAGUAGAAAUAGUUGUUUUAUUCACUCCUCUUUAAUAUUUGACUUUACACACCUUAAGCACAAUAAAUUGUACUGUCCAGAUAAUGUCAAAUCCAGAUUACAGAAUUGGGCACAACAAUCAAUCAACAAUCUAAUUUGUGUUAAUAAACUGGACAUUUGUAGAUUAGGUGUCUCCAUGUACCCUAUUAUAAAUAGCCACAAAAGUAAGUUUGGGACAUUGAAUUUUCAUUGAUCCUCUGAUAUCAAAAAAGGCUGGAAAAAGCUGACUUGAGCCCAGUAACUUUUGUGUAGCACAGAAAAUGUGUUUAUUCAACAGGAUUUUCCAUAUGUUUAACAAAACUGGUAUUUUGACAUUAUUUUGUGUUUAGAUUGUUUUCCAGCAUCAACAAAUGCUUUUCAGAAGUCUUGAAGGCUGAACAGAAACCACUGAACCAUUCAAGGCUUGAAAUGGGCACUUGGAUCAUUUUAGUGUUGUGAAUGGUCUCCUAGUUCUGUCAUGUACUGAGUCCUGUAUGGAAUCUCAUUUUUUAAGUAGUGGUCCAGAGGCACAGGAAGCUCUGAAAUGCGUUUUUUAUGAAGAGGAAUGAAAAAAAUUUGGUUUUCAUAUUAUUUGUGGAUCACCAUGAGCGGGGUUCUGUAUAGCACCAAAUAAAGGUUCCUCCAUGGCAGAGCCAAAGAACCACUACUUUCUACUGUUACGCACUUUUCCCUAUUACAGUGGCAAAAUGAAAAAAUAGUUAAGUGAAUGAAUAUAUUUGUACAUAUGUUAAGAGUUAGAAGCUGCAAGGUAUUAUUCCUCUCUUUCCAUUGCUGUCAGUAAAACCUUGUAGAUGUUUAAAUGUUUUGUUUUUUCUAGGAGUAUUCUCCACUUAGUUUUGCAGAAGACAUUUAGAAAAGACCAUGUGGGGUUUCCCUUUCAAAAUAAAUAUUGUAAAUGCUUACCUCAAUUUACUUUUGUUAUUAGAGUUCCUUCUUAAAGUGAAUGUGCAUUUGUUUUGAUAGAUGGUGAGGCUUUGGUGCACAUUGCUGUACGAGAUUUAAAGGGGAAAGAAAAUCAUUUGUUGUGGUUUAGAAACACACAAACUUAAACGGGUGGUUAAAUGUUUUCUCUUCCAAAGCUGCAGUUUCAUGUAAUAAUCAAAUUAUCUUGCCUUAAUAUAAGAACAGAGACUGUUCAGAAUCUUGAAAUAAGGUUUCCUACAGCCUAAUAGAAAACACUGACAGUGUGACAUCAGUGCAAAUGAUUCGACACUAAAGUUGUCAUUACAAAUCACUGAAAUUGUCAGUUUGCAGGGGCAAACAAUGCUUUGACCAGUUGAUUACAUCAUUCUUUACACAAAGGCCCAGGUGUGAUUUCUGUGUACUAGACUUUUCUAUUGUGCCUUUGGCUUGAGGUCCUGUUUUUUUUUUCCUCUCGUAACAGUUAAAAUUCUCACAUUUGGUUUCCCAAUUGUUAAUCCUGUGGUGCAAGUGCUGCACCUGCAAGGCUCCACAUUAUUUUGUCCAUCAUUGUUCACCAGCAGCUGUAGAGUAUACCUAAAGCUAGAACCAGUUCUUCAUUUUUUACCAUCAACAGACCACAGAUCCACCAAAAUGACUUCGGUAAUGCAGACUGCUGGGAGACAUAAGCACACAUACAAUAUAUAAAACUUCAUGUAGACCUGAACCCUCAGCUGUUUUGUUGACUUCAAUUGAGACUAAUAAUGUGCAAAUAUAAAGAAAGAAAAAAGCUUGGGGCCAUGACUUAUCUCCUGCAUAGUAUUAUAUUUAGGUUUUAAGUUCUCCAUCAAAUACUGAACAAAUUCACAAACUGAAAAAAUAUUAGCCCUCUUUCCUGUUCAUGAAUUUAGUUUGGGUGUAUGUUUUUUUUAUUCAUGUAUGCAACAGUAAUGUGCUUCUAAACCUGAUGCAUGUGGUACCAAUGCUGUUUACUCAACUUGCACCGCAGCCAUCUUUCCGUUUUAGCCAUAAGGACAACCAAAUAAAUUGUCUACUCAAAUUCAUGACUAUACUUCAGAAAAGAAACUAGUUUUGUGAGUUAUGUUCAGAUGUUUUCCUUGUUGUAGUUUGUUCCCUUCAGUUUUACUAUCUUUGUUAACCUCUCCAACCCUGUAAAUGGUCUGAUAUCGCUUUAAAUAACUGCAGUCUUUUUAAAUGCAUCUUAUGUAAUUAUGCAUUUGCGUAAUUCAAUCUUAAACUACUGUAAGUUUUGUACUGUAAGAAAGUCUAUUCCAAAUAAAAAACUU